GAGGCGGCACCGGCUGCUAGCUAACAUGGAGCUCAGACGGAGUCAACAAAGUGCACGUGAGACGGUUUUUCAGAGCUCAUAACCUGUCAACAGUGGAGGUGGGCGGAGCUUCUGUGCAUUCAUGAUGGAGGACAGUCGGACCGGUGUUUCCCCUACUUCCUCUGAUCACAGUUCCUCCCCCGCCCUUUCCAUCAGCUCCUCUCCCUCAGUGUCUCUCCCCUCCACCCCCUCCUCCUCAUGCGGCCCCACCCAGCAGACCACGCCCCCUUUGGAUGUAAUCAACGAGGGCAGCGCCGAACUGAGCCUGGUGAUUGAUGCAGAGGUGGCCCAGCAGGCCUGUCAGCAGGUCCUACAGAAAGUUCAGCUCCAGCAGGUGGAGGGUGACCCCACCCACCUGCAGAACAGGGUGGAGCAAGAGAAGGGGUCCCCUCACCUCACAGCCCCCACCGUUAAACCGCCGCACAUAUGCGAGGAUGACCUGGCCCCUGGUUCAGUGAAGAGCGCCCGGCGGCGGCAGAGACAUAAUCCCUCCAAACAGUCCUGGCUGCUGCGCCUCUUUGAGUCCAAACUCUUUGACGUAUCCAUGGCGAUAUCGUACCUGCACAACUCCAAGGAGCCUGGCGUGCAGGCCUACAUCGGGAACCGACUGUUCAGUUUCCCACACGAUGACGUGGACUUCUACCUGCCGCAGCUGCUCAACAUGUACAUCCACAUGGAUGAGGACGUUGGAGACGCCAUCAAGCCCUACGUGGUUCACCGCUGCAGGCAGAGCAUCUCCUUUAGCCUGCAGUGUGCCUGGCUGCUGGGAGCGUACUCCUCUGACAUGCACAUCUCCACUCAGCGCUACUCCAGAGGAACCAAACUCAGGAAGCUCAUCUUGUCAGAUGAACUGAAACCUGCAGGGCCUCGGACUCGUAAGGAGCCCCUGACUCUGGCCCCUUUUUGCCCGGUGGCCUCCACUGGGCCUCUUAGAGCAGAACACAGCCUAUCCCCAUCCAAACGGACCCAUCAGCGUUCCAAGUCAGACGCCACAGUUAGCAUCAGCCUGAGCACCAACCUGAAGAGAACUGCCAGCAACCCAAAGGUGGAGAGCAGCCAGGACGAGCCAGUUCGUCUGACUCCUCAGAGGGAGUUCAUCAAGUCUCUGAUGGGGAUCGGGAAGCGCUUGGCCACGCUCCCCACCAAAGAACAGAAAACCCAGCGGCUGAUCUCAGAGCUGUCGCUGCUCAACCACAAGCUGCCAGCCCGAGUCUGGCUCGCCACCGCCGCCUUCGACCACCAUGUGGUCCGGGUUCCGCACACGCAGGCCGUGGUCCUCAACUCCAAGGACAAGGCUCCAUAUCUGAUCUAUGUGGAGGUUCUGGAGUGUGAGAACUUUGAGACCUCCAAUGUUCCUAUUCGAAUCCCGGAGAACCGGAUCAGGAGCACACGUUCUGUUGAGAACCUGCCCGACUAUGGCAUGACUGCUGAGCAACGAGCCAGUAGCUUUUCUGUUGUUCCGAACUAUGACAACGACGAUGAGGCCUGGUCCGUGGACGACAUCGGAGAGCUGCAGGUGGAGCUCCCAGAAGGCUUCACCAAUAGCUGUGACAACAUCAGUCAGUUCUCCGUGGACAGCAUCACCAGCCUGGAGAACAAGGAACCUGUCUUCAUCGCUGCCGGAGAUAUCAGGCGCCGUCUGUCCGAGCAGCUGGCUCAGGCCCCCACCACCUUCAAACGGGACCCUGAGGACCCAUCGGCCGUGGCCCUUAAGGAGCCCUGGGAGGAGAAGGUCCGGAGGAUCAGGGAGGGUUCUCCGUACGGACACCUCCCUAACUGGAGACUUCUGUCCGUCAUCGUGAAGUGUGGAGAUGACCUGAGACAGGAGCUGCUGGCCUUCCAGGUGCUGCAGCAGCUCAAG